AGAGCAGGAGGGAAGCAUGCCGAGGCUGUGCUGACUUUUCUGCUUGGCGCGGUGGUGGGACCAUGGUGGAGGGAGGAGGAUUGCCGCAGAAUGCAGCUCGCAGGUGAGAUCCUUCCUGACAUCACCAUGCAGAUGGGGAUGGGGCUGCUGUCCGGUCAGGCAGGAUGGGGCACAUAGGUGUUGUGCUGGAAGUCUGAAGUGGCUAGAUUGAACAUAACUAAAAACUUCAAGGUUCUGAGCUUUUCCUCGCUGCUUAUCUAUAUCCUCCUUCUCCAUUUCAGUUUCAUGCAUAGUGUUUUUUAAAGGCGUGCUUGCACGUGUUUUAGUUGACAGAGAGAAAAUGGAUUACUGGUACUUCUCUGCUGGCUGGUAUGGAAUUGAGGUGUUAGUAUUCAACCCUCACAGAGAUGCAAACAUGAGAAGGAAGUUUGUGUGGUGGCUUCCAAAGUCCAGAACGUGGCUUAUUGCUCCUUAGGUUGUUGGGUUGACAGUCACUCCCUCUUACCUCCCAUACAUCACUACGUGCAUGCUGUUGUAUGAUGUCAGGUUUCUGGAUGAGGCCAGACAUCCCCCUUGAUGGGCAGCUAUGAGAAUAUCUCUCAGGUUUACCUGCUGCUGGCACUGUGUGAUGUUUCCAGCAUGUGAUAUUGCCAACCUUGCUUCCUGUCCUCCAGCAAGCACUGCUAAAUCAAAGCAGUCCAAGCAAUCCUACAGGUUGCUCGUAAAUACAAGAGGAUUUGUUUUCAGUACAGCAGUGCUGUGUGCUUUUCUAAUAGCCUUUGUCUUAAGAUGUUGAAUUAUAGCAAGCUGGUAAGCACUUUAUUUUCAUGCCUUUUGAUCUAGUUAAGAUAUUUUUCAGUGGCUGCGUAAGCAGUAAGUGAUACCUACCAAAGCCAAGAAUGGAAACUUCACAGUUAAAUUUUUUCUACCGUGGAAACAGCUUUCAGUAGGUACUGAUUAUGAAGUCCUUCUUUUCCUCCUCUCCUGUAGACCAGGGAGAAUACUAAUUUGCUGACUGGGAGAGAUUGUUUUUGUUAGCCUGAGCCGAUGAGGUUGUGCUACUUUUGAAUUACAUGAUCAGAAAAUGAAAACCUUCUGCCUUAGCCUUUUCUGGGCAAACGUGUAUCUUCCCAAAUCAAGCUUUCAGCAACGUGUAGAAGAACUCAUGGCAACACAGUCCUGGGCCCUUUCAGGUUUAAUUUAAGUGAGCUCAGGGUGGUUGCCAGGAUGUACCCUUUAGAGUUUCCAGUCUUUGGCUCUGGGCAGCCUGGUCUAGUGGUUGGUGACCCUGCCCAUGGCAGGGGGUUGAAACUAGAUCAUCUUCGAUGUCCUUUUCAACCCAGGCCAUUCUAAGAUGAUUCUAUGAUAUGGAACUGAAAUUACUGGGGAUCUCUUGAAGGCAGAUGUGAGUAGCAGUGCUUCAGAUUCUUCAUGUUGUGCCUGGUUCUAUGUGGUACCCUGUGGGUGCUCUUGCACUGUCCGUCUCUAAAAUAUGGGAAGGGGAAAGCUGCAUAAUUCUGAUGAAUGCUUGAGGUGACUUCUGUCAGAGAGAUCCGUCACGGCUCUUUAAAGUCCAUGGGAACAAAUCAGCUUCAUUUGUGCAUAGGUGGGAGGAAGGGGCAUUCUGGUACACCGAAGCUUGAUUUGCUCACUGCUGUUCUCUGUUAGCUGGGGGUAAGCAUCACAUCAGCUGUAGAGUACAGAAGUCAGAAAAUUAUGUGAUGCAGGGGAAUACAGUGAGCGGAUGGUGUUAGUAAAUGGCUUGUUGGCAUCAAGAGAUGGAUCCAUUUUCUAGCCUGUAGAGGUACGUACCUUUUCAAAGCUUUAGUUCUCCACAAAGGGAAUACUUCCUUUAAUCUUUUAUCUAGGUUUCUUGACUAAUUGGUGGCAGACAGCACAAAUGUUUUUUAGGAGAGCUAAUAACGAUGGGAUGUGAAGCUGGGCCAAUGGCAGAAGGAAGACCUAAUGAUCCCAUUCCACUUAAUUUUCUACAUAUUCGGGUGUCUGCUUGUCGUGAGGAAGAGAGGAGGAGAUCUGCACAAGGAAUCAGCAAGCAGACGAUGCAACUAUAGUUUCUGCAUACAGUAUCAGCAGUAUCGUUCCCAAAAGUUAAACGUUCAGCAGACUUCCUAUAUAUGAAUUUAAUGGGAAAUGGUGCUGGAAUUGUCAUGGUAAACCUAGCUGUAAAAUCCGGGUUGUGGACUUCUGUAAUAGCUGAUUAUCUGAGCAGAUAAUGGCAUCUACAAAUAGCAGUGUCCAGUCUACAUAGAGUUUCCUCACAUAGCUGGACAGUGCUGCUCCUUACGCAGUGGAUCUAUUGUUAUGCCACACAACAUUGCAUUUUUCUCCUCCUGCACCUGCAGCGAGCUCAGCAGGGUCUGAGGAGGGCAGUGUGACGUGGACGCCUGCCAGAGAAGUGAAGCAGCUCCAUGGUGCGUUUGCCUGGAGUAGACCUCUGGGCACCCUUCAAGUGUCGCCAACCACAGGCAUUCCAGCCUGGCAUAGGAAAGAGGAGAUGGAGGGUACUUUUGUGUUCAAUUUCCUGCUGGUCUGAUCCGUUGUAGAGUAGGCUUCAGUCAGAUUUUCAGCUCUGUCUGUGAAGACCGGGUCUUUUUUUCUAGAGUGGAGGCUGUCAUUGUCUGCCCACUUGCUUGAUUCCAGGAAUAAUUGGCUACAGGAAUAAUGCCAAAUGCUGCAAAAUACAGCAUGAUUCCAGUGCCAGCUUUUACAGCAUUCAUGUUCUUAAAGCCGUGCCCUGUUAAGUCAUGAGGUCACUCUGAAAAGUCAGAUGCAUUCUCUAGGGAAGCUCUUGCCAGGGUGUUCAAGACGACUCUUUAAGGUACAGUCAGCUGGAAAUUAAGGCUGCCUCCACAAGAUGGAGGACUUAGUGUUGGGACAUCCUCAUAAAAAUUUGCUAAUCUGUACUGUCUCUUGUUGUGUUCCCUUCCUUCACCACUAAAUUUGGUCCCUAAUUUGGAAACGGAUUAAGGAUUACAAACAAACUCCACAUACUGCCUUUCUUGUCCUUAUCUUUAGUGUUUGGAAAGACCUUAGGCACUGGCAGUUGUGUUAUUUUGAUGCUUGCAUAGAGAUUAAGACAGUAUUCUUAUAAACACAGGUGGAACUGAGUUGUAAGAGGGAGGGAGGCUGCAUGAUUCAUAGGCAGGGUAGGAAGCCAUACAGCUGGCCAUAACCACUCGUUCUCCAGAAUGCUCCAGCUUCUUUGCUGCAUACCUGGUAAGUGCAACUGCAUGCUUUCAGGCUACUAGACACUGACAAUUUCUGGGUGGUGGUUUUCUGACUUGUUUCCUGGUGCUGAAGGUGCAGGUUGUUGUGAAUUGGUCUUUUUUUUUUUCUUUCUGUCUGUGCCAAUCAAGAAGAGUUCACCUCCCACCUGACGAUGUUGGUAAGACUGUGGUUUCUCACCGUACAAAAGGAGCAAGCGAUGACCUCAGGGUGGAGUAGAGUUCCCUAUUGGCACAGCAACCUCAACCCUGCUCUGCAAGAAUCACUGGUAUUUAGUUUGUUCUGAAAACAAGCAAGUUGGACGUGCUGUGGGAGUGCCACAUAAAGGUAGUGUUGCCAUGCACUACAGCUUGCAGGAAGAGGGGAAGCAAUCUGCAAGCCAUUGGGGUGGUGUGGCAAUUCCUACAUGAUCCCAGCAGAAGUUUAAAAAGUUUAUAUGGUCAAGUGGGGAUCAUAUAUUGUUUUUUUGUUUGUUUGUUGGAGGUGCCAUACAGUGAAUUUGUAAUCUCAGUGAGAAAAAGGUCUCCUAGCUGCUUCCCUGCUCGUGUUGAAGUCUGUGCCCAAGGAUGGGCAGGAGGUCCUCAAGUAAGAGUGCAGACCAGCAUAUGAAUGAAGGUAGUGUUCCAACAAAACUGCCUGCAUUGUAUUCACUUGUGUUUGUUUCUGGAUUUGGGCAAAAUGAAGCACUCGAAGCAUUUGGCCUGCACAGUGAGCAAGAGAAGUUGUUUUCAUUUUCCAUGCUUGACUGCUGCAAUGGUGGCGAAGUUCUUUGCUAUCCAAACAGCAGCCUGGGGGGCAGUUUACUGCAAGACUUCCUUUUUCCUGAAAACCCUGCCUCCUUGUUUCCUGUUUCUGACAAUUUGUAGGAAGUCAGCAUCUUGAAGUGGAGACAGGGCAGGGAGAAGUGGGUGCUUCAGCUCCUGGUCUGCCUGCAAUGUGUUUUCCUUGGCAGUUUACUUCUUUUCAGAUUAUUUCCUCCUUCUUUGUAAUACCUGCCAGUCAUGAAAGCACAGCCAGCAGAGCUGCAGCUGAGUCUUUGUUGCCUGUGAAGGUUGAUUUUUCUUAGACAUCCACAGAGGUGCAAGUCUGAUGGACAUAAGAAAGGGAGGAAGCUAUGCUGUUGGGGUUUCUUUACUUGCCUGUUUGCUUGCUUUGACAGCAAGUAUUUGUAGUUGUUCUUAGCUUUCUCCAAUACAGAAAAGUGCUGUAAUGCAGUAACAAUUACAGUCCUCCAGGUAUCAGGGUUCAAAAAUUACUCCCCAUCUUUCUUUCAUGCUGCUUUAAAAAUGGAAGCUCUCUAGUGGCUGGUAGGCUGGAUCUUCAGGUCUGUGAAGCAGGGGGUAUGACUGGUCUCAGUGGAUGGAGGAUCAUGCCCUACGUGUUAAUCUCUCUCUUGUUGUCAUCCAUUCCUGAAGGUUUGGUAUCACUUGGGUGUGUUUCUGCUUAAUUUUUCUUUCAGUCUUCUAGCUCAAAAGUCCUCAUCUGAAGUGCUUAAGGCUCAACCCAUUUCAAGCUGCCACUUUAACAAUAUUGCUGAGCAAUACUGCUUUCAUAUCGAUCUUUGACAAAUCAGGAAGCAUGUGUUUUGGCGGAGUUUUUUGAUAGAUUUUUAGUGUAUUUCUUCUUUUUUUCUUGCUCCAUGCUCUCACUUUGAGUCUGUUCUUCCUUUUGAAUACCCAGUAUUUCUGGUCGGAGAGAGAAUAUUUGGAGGUGUUCUUCAUAAACACAUUCUUGGGAAAAAAAUCAUCACUUGAAAAGCAGCGACAGAUAUUAAGCAGUCUUUAAAUAAUGUAUGUUAAAUACACAGCUGGAUGUAUUCAUACGUUAAUAGAAGACUUUGGUUUACAUAAGGCAUGUGGUCACAGUUUGGAAAUGCACUAUGGAGUGCAUGACUUUGUAAAUAAUGUCUUUGCCCUAAUUUGGAAUUAAAUUAGCUUAAUGCUUUUAGAGUAGUCAUUAAUAGAUGCUUACAAACUACCGUAGUACUAGCAGUAUAACUUAGCCAAAUCCCUUGGCUAUACUGAAGCUACCUAACUUGGACUGGGGACAAAAAUGUAAUUAAGUUGGUAUAGAAGGGGAAGUGAACCCAACCCUAUAGUUGCCCCAUCAGUGGAGUUCUGAAAAUGCAGCACUCUCCCUAGCAGAGAUAGCGGUGUCUGAGCUCCUGACUGCUGCUUCUUGGGUGGCUGUUUUCUAACAAAGGCAGAGCACUUUUCCACGGCAAAGAGGGCAAAGGACGCUUUGACUUACCAUGGCAAAGCUUCCAUGUUGCUAGGUCUGACUUUGGGAACUGGCUUUAGUUAGUAUGCCCAACAACCAAAAUCACGAUGAUUUGCUUAGCCUUCAGUUACUGUAAUUAUUUAUUUUAAGAUCAUUUGAGGCUGUGCGAUGGUUCCUUCGGUGCCUACCGUCUCAGCUCUAGGUAGAUCCAAGUUUCUUCUCUUGCCUAGUACUGGACAUCCUUUGUGACAUGGGUGUGAGAAUGGAUCUCGCUCACUCAGCUUUGAUCUUCAGCUAAUGGUUUGCCUUCUCCUCUUCCUACUACUCUUAAGCAUCCUCUUGUUAAGAUGUGCCUUAAAAGCAGUUUACAAUUCAGCUCCUUAGCAGAGGUCCCGGCAGAGAGAUCUCCUCGCAGACGGAGCAUCUCCGGGACCAGCACAUCUGAGAAAACCAACUCCAUGGAUGCUGCAAAUACCUCUCCUUUCAAAGUAUCGGGCUUCUUCAGUAAACGUCUGAAAGGGUCCAUCAAGAGGACAAAGAGUCAGUCAAAGCUGGACAGGAACACAAGUUUCCGCCUCCCAUCUCUCCGCAAUGCUGAUGACAGGUCACGUGGGCUGCCGAAGCUGAAGGAGUCCCGCUCUCAUGAGUCCCUGCUGAGCCCCGGCAGCGCAGUGGAAGCCCUGGACCUUGGGGCAGAAGAAAAGGUCUUUGUAAAGCCACUGCACAGCAGCAUCCUCGGACAGGACUUCUGCUUUGAGGUAACCUACUCCAGCGGCAGUAAAUGCUUCAGCUGUUCCUCUGCUGCAGAGAGGGAUAAGUGGAUGGAAAACCUACGCAGAACAGUGCAGCCGAAUAAGGACAACUGCCGUCGAGCUGAAAAUGUGCUCCGUCUCUGGAUCAUUGAGGCAAAGGACCUGGCCCCCAAGAAGAAAUACUUCUGUGAGCUGUGCCUUGAUGACACUCUCUUUGCCCGCACCACCAGCAAAACGAAAGCAGAUAACAUUUUCUGGGGGGAGCACUUUGAGUUCUACGGCCUCCCAGCUCUUCACAGCAUCACGGUUCACAUCUACAAGGAUGUGGAGAAGAAAAAGAAAAAGGACAAAAACAAUUACGUCGGCCUGGUCAACAUUCCCAUGGCCACUGUAACGGGGCGCCAGUUUGUGGAAAAAUGGUACCCAGUCAGCACACCUACACCCAACAAAGGGAAAUCAGGAGGCCCUUCCAUUCGCAUCAAGUCGCGUUAUCAGACCAUCACCAUCUUACCCAUGGAGCAAUACAAGGAGUUUGCAGAGUUUGUUACCAGCAACUACACGAUGCUGUGCUCUGUGCUGGAGCCAGUCAUCAGCGUAAGGAAUAAGGAAGAGAUGGCUUGUGCAAUGGUGCACAUUCUUCAGAGCACGGGGAGAGCCAAGGACUUCCUAACGGAUCUGGUGAUGUCUGAGGUGGAUCGCUGCGGGGAACACGAUGUCUUGAUCUUCAGGGAGAACACACUUGCUACCAAAGCUAUUGAGGAAUACCUGAAGUUGGUAGGGCAGAAGUAUCUCCAUGAUGCGCUAGGGGAGUUUAUCAAGGCUUUGUAUGAGUCAGAUGAAAACUGUGAAGUGGACCCCAGCAAAUGUUCAUCCAGUGAAUUAACAGACCAUCAGAGCAACCUGAAAAUGUGUUGUGAGCUGGCCUUCUGCAAGAUUAUCAAUUCCUACUGCGUGUUCCCUCGUGAGCUGAAGGAGGUGUUUGCAUCUUGGAAGCAGCAGUGCCUGAGCAGGGGCAAGCAGGACAUCAGCGAGCGGCUGAUCAGUGCCUCCCUGUUCCUCCGCUUCCUGUGCCCCGCCAUCAUGUCCCCCAGCCUCUUCAGCCUCAUGCAGGAGUAUCCUGACGACCGGACAUCGCGCACGCUCACACUCAUUGCUAAAGUCAUUCAGAAUCUCGCCAAUUUUGCUAAGUUUGGUAACAAGGAAGAGUACAUGGCUUUCAUGAACGACUUUCUGGAACAUGAGUGGGGGGGCAUGAAGCGAUUUCUCCUGGAGAUCUCUAAUCCAGAUACCAUCUCAAACAUGCCUGGAUUUGAGGGCUAUAUCGACCUGGGCAGAGAGCUCUCAGUUUUGCAUUCCCUCUUAUGGGAGGUUGUGUCCCAACUUGAUAAGGGUGAAAAUUCCUUCCUACAGGCGACCGUGGCAAAACUGGGACCUCUUCCUCGUAUUCUUGCCGACAUCACCAAAUCAAUGACCAACCCUACGCCAAUACAGCAGCAGCUGAGGCGUUUCACUGAGCACAGCUCUAGUCCAAACGUCAGUGGCAGUCUCUCCUCAGGGCUUCAGAAGAUAUUCGAGGACCCCACUGAUGGUGACUUGCAUAAACUGAAGUCUCCAACCCAGGAAAACAUAGAUGGCUAUUUCAGGGGCAAGACCUUGCUGUUGGUUCAGCAGGCGUCCACCCAGAGCAUGACUUACUCAGAUAAGGACGAAAGAGAGAGCAUCUUGCCCAACGGACGUAGCAUCUCCCUCAUGGACCUGCAGGAUCCCCAUACCGCUCACAGCGACCACGCUUCCAUGAUGCACGACGUGCCUUUGCGCUUGGCCGGCAGCCAGCUCUCCAUCACCCAGGUGGCCAACAUCAAGCAGCUGUGGGAGACCCAGAGCACGCCCCAAAGCGCUCCCCAGGUGAGGAGGCCGCUGCACCCGGCUUUGAACCAGCAGGGCAGCCUCCAGCCUCUGUCAUUCCAGAACCCGGUGUACCACCUCAACAACCCACCUGCGCCGAUGCCCAAGGCCUCCGUGGACUCCAGCCUGGAGAACCUGAGCACCGCCAGCUCCCAGAGCCGAAGCAACAGCGAAGACUUCAAGCUCAGCGGGCCCAGCAACAGCAGCAUGGAGGACUUCACCAAGCGCAGCACGCAGAGCGAGGACUUCUCUAGGCGGCACACGGUCCCGGACAAGCACGUCCCCAUCGCGUUGCCCCGCCAGAACAGCAGCAGCCAGGCACAGAUCCGCAAAAUGGACCAGGCCGGGUUAGGGGCCAGGGCCAAAGCGCCGCAGUCGCUGCCGCACAGCGCGUCCCUGCGCAGCACGGGCAGCAUGUCGGCCGUGUCGGGGGCUGUGGUGACUGAGCCCGUCCAGAACGGCAGCCGCUCCCGGCAGCAGUCGUCCUCCUCCAGGGAGAGCCCUGUGCCGAAGGUGAGGGCCAUUCAGAGGCAGCAAACGCAGCAGGUCCAGUCUCCUGUGGACUCAGCCACAAUGUCACCAGUGGAAAGGACAGCAGCGUGGGUUCUCAAUAACGGGCAGUACGAGGAGGUCGAGGAGGACACAGAGCAGAACCCAGAUGAAGCCAAGCAUGCUGAGAAGUACGAACAAGAGAUAGCAAAGCUGAAGGAACGCUUGAAAGUGUCGAGCCGCCGGCUGGAGGAGUACGAGCGGCGGCUCCUGGUGCAGGAGCAGCAAAUGCAGAAGCUGCUGAUGGAGUACAAGUCCAGGCUGGAGGACAGCGAGGAGAGACUGCGCAGGCAACAGGAGGAGAAGGACAGCCAGAUGAAAAGCAUUAUCAGCAGGCUCAUGGCAGUUGAAGAGGAACUGAAGAAAGAUCAUGCAGAGAUGCAAGCUGUCAUCGAUGCAAAGCAGAAAAUUAUUGAUGCACAGGUCAUUAAUGGGAAUGAGAUAAUUCAAACAGGAGAAGCGGAUCGUGUCCCUGGACUCUGCCAACACGCGGCUGAUGAGUGCCCUGACGCAGGUGAAGGAGCGCUACAGCAUGCAAGUCCGCAAUGGCAUCUCCCCCACCAACCCCACCAAGCUUUCCAUCACGGAGAAUGGUGAAUUCAAAAACAGCAGCUGCUAACUGGGCAGACGCUGCCGGCCAUCUUCCCAGGAGAAGGGCAGGAGGGAGCGGACUGCAGAAACCCCACCGACGGCCCCCCUUCCCCGCCAGGUUUACAUGUUGCUGCUAAUAAAAAGGAAACAAGAGAGAACUCUGAACGGUGGGCUUUAAUUCCCCACUCGAGGCCAGGAGAAUCGGGCUCCCGAGAACAAGUCCUUCCAUAUCGCUGUGUAAAUAGAGGGAGCUCUGGGCCAUGUACAGAAGACGCCGAUGUAAUAUACCAAAAGGAAGUGAAUACUGUAGAUUUUUUUUAAUUAUUGCUAUUUUUAUUAUUUUUUUUUUCCUCUCGUUGAAAGCACUGCAGUCCUUGGAGAAGGAAGAGGGGAGUGUGAGUGCAUGUGUGUUGUGGGUGAGAGAGCUGAGCUGUGGGUUACAUUAGAUAGCAGCUGUAUAUAUCAGGCUGACCGAUGCAAGUGCACGAGUGGAGUGAAAUAGCAGCGAAAUGAACUCUGUAACAAAACUCAUCUGCUGAUUUUAUCCCUCUCUUCUCUACUUGUCCUUUAUCCGAAUGCCAACUCAAUAGCAAACGUUUUAGCAAGACAAUUAGCUCUUGCUGGCUCCUGUACCUGCCUCUGGUGGGAUUCCAGCAAAAUUCUGAGCAAGGUAGAAUGUUGGAGCAGUGAUCUUGUCUCCUUGCAUUUGCACCCAGUCGAGCUUCCCAGCAAACAGACAGAGGGAAUCUGCAGUUUUCAAGGUAGGAUUCUUUCUCCCCCCCGUUGUAACGCAGUUUGUAUUUUCUGUUUUGGGAAUUUACAGACCUGUAAAUACUUUUUUUUUUCUUUUUUUUUUUUUUUAAUUAUUAUUUCAAUCCAGUCUUUACUUUGUGCACCAUGCAGUGACACCCUGAACACUCCAUCAGGAGCACUCAGGUCAGUGUUCUGAGGAAAGGGCUAACCAAAGGGCACCCGUGCCCGGCCACUAGAAUAUUCUGUAUGCAAAACUUCAGUUCUCCUGGCAGAUUUCUUCAGCUCUGUCCUGUUCACUUUCACUGUUUCAGCCACCAGCUUAGCCAGUUUAGUUCCACAUAAAGGCAAGAGCUUCCAUUGCCACUGGAAUUUGCCUUUCUCUGGAUAUGCUUAAGGGUUUUUGUUCUGAAGUUCUUUACACUCUUAUUUUUCCUAAGGAAUUCUGACUUAGCUUUCAUCUCUAAUUACUUUCAGUUGCAUUUCAUGGAAGCCUAUAUCCAGGCUGUGUGUCGGUGUGUUUAUCAUUGCAAGUACAAAGUGACCUUCUCGUGGCAGAUUGUCAGCUGGUAAAAGAUGAACAACCAGUGGUGCAGUAUUGUCAGUUCUCAUGAUUUCAUCAUACACCCCAAUACUCAGUUGGAGGCCCUUCUAAAGAUUCUGAAGUCAAGUGGUGUGCGACUCCUCGCUUCCACUUGUUGAUAGACGUUUGUAGCCCCUAACCUCUGAAGGUAAAUGCCAUUUUUGCAACAGCAGUCUUUGAAUUAGAUGGGUAUACUUAAUAACGUGUGUUAUUUACCAUUCCAACAAGUUCUGCAAAUUGGAAGAGUUGAUGUUGGAACCCCACAGGGGUGCCCUGGGUUGUCAAGCAAAAAGGAACAAGCCAAUGAGAUGAAUGUGGGGGUACCUGCCUGAAAUUGUGUAGUCUGGGACAAGGAGGAGGUCAGAGCUGAUUAUCCUUCCGGGCCUCAGUUAAUGAAUCUCUAGAACUGUACUACAUUAAAAGAUGUAGAGGUUUCUAAGCCAGUUCCGUAACUGCUUGAGACAGGCCCGUGUUACCCUGAACAUGGAGGACUGGCAAUACUGAGGCUCCAAAUUCAGUGUCUGUUGUGGAGUUUGUUUGUUGUUUGCAAACGAAUUCAUCUCUGUGGGCAAACUUCAGUUUGUAACACAGAACGUUAACUGUUCCACCUUGGUUAUGGUGAGUUGAGAUGCUUAAGUUGAACACCAUCAGACAAGUAUGUUACAUUUCUAACCAUGGGUACAUACAGAGACCACAUCUCCUGCACUCUAGGAAGGAAACUGCUGUCACUUACAUCUGAAGGAGACCUGUCUGCAGUGAGUUGGGAUUUAUCCUCAGUGCUCUGCUCUUUGCAGUCAAAGCCUCUCUCUGGCUGCCAAAUGUGACUUGGUCCUACAGGCCCAGCAGCAUCCUUGCCUGCUUCUUGGUGCUCAGUAAUGAUUUCUUUUCAGUACUGUCAGAAUUGUCUUCCUGCUGUGGGUCACCACUGACUCUGAUUUGAUCCUCCAAGUGUGCCCGUCCAUUCUUUCUCCUUUCCUUCCUCCUUUAUGCAUCACAGCCAUAGGCACUCCAUCCAGUGUCUUGUGAGUAGCUCUUUUACAAGAGCAACCCCUUUCUCAGUUGAGUAUUUGUGAGUGAUUUGCACCUCCCCUUUGCUGCGUGCUGCAUCCUGGGAAGUUUGUUCCCAAAAGUACCCUUUGCAGGUGGGCAUGUGUAUUGCUCAUUUAACAUGCAGUGCAGACCACAGGGGCAAGAAGUCAUGUGAAUGCGUUGACUAGAGCAAGGCAGAAGCAGGUAUGUCAUUCUGACAGCAUUUACCUAACAUGGAUUUGAGAAAUCCAUUGCAGCACAACUCCCCAGCUUUCCAGUCUUCCAUCAGCAAUUGCUUCCUGGACUGUAUGGUUCAGUGCUACAGACUCCAAGGAGUCCACUUUGGUUUCUGCAGAGUAACGCAAUAGGGGCAACAUUUUAGUCCUGAUUUCUUUAGAGGGGAAAUAAUACCUGUUGAUACAUGAGCUGUUUGGGAUGUAUCAUUCUGAAUAAUGUACCUUCUCAUGUGCAUUUCUUAAGCUUAUAGGCUGGGAAGAGCUGCUGUUCUGAAAGAAUGUGACCCGUGGUAUCAUCCUCACAGCUUGUUGCUAGGCCAGCUGCAUCUCUUCUAUUUCAAUUUCUACCCCAAAGUGCAAAAUGUACUCCUCUGUCUCCUUGUACAGAGGAGAAGCUGCCCGUUGACCCGAAAGGGGGGUGAAGGUUGUGGACUCACAGUGCUGCAAGACUAAAAUUGAUGAGCUGCAGUACAAAAUGUUGUGUUUCUGAGUUCUGCAGGCAGCUGUCUCUCCUGGUUUGUCACCAAGCAGCUUUCUAGAGAAAUUUUAAGCUACUUUAAGCUGACAAUAUGUGAAAAUGCCAGCUUCUGUUCUGUCCAGUCUGAUAAAAUUCAAGUCAUACUGAACCACGUGGCAGCCAAAAGCUCUAUCUCUUUUGGAACAAGAACCUCAGCUGGGCCCCAUCUCAUUCUUUCUAAGACUAACAGCCAAUGGGUCUCUGCAGCAACAAGUGAGAAGGUAAACAGUGGAAAAAUGUGAUGAUAAGCGUCAUAGACUGUGGUUCAUACAGCCAGCAAAUAGAUCAGGCUGUGCUAAUGCUAUUGCGAGCAACUGCUGCUGUCAUUUAGAAACAGCUGAAGUAAUCAAAUGUAAUAACCUGUCAGAGUAAUGCUCCUGUAUUUGUAGGUGUGAGGCAGGAAAGCUCCCCAUCUCAGUCCUCGCUGGCCCCAUCACUCAGUGCUGUCCUAGGACACUUCCAGACCACAGAGCCGCUCACAACAGAGCAAGCACAGCCGUGAGGUGUGUCCUGUGAAUGCCCAUUCUUUGCAGCUCAAGGAGUUCUCACCUUUUUGUAGGGGAAAUAGGCAGAUUUCACAUCCAGAAGGACCAGCUGUGAUAUCCCUGGCGCGUUGGAAAUGGGCAGCUGUGUGUCAAAGCACAGAUUCACACAGCUCCACUUUUUCCAGCUUUCAUUUGCUGUGGAAUAACUCUAAGCAGGAGAUCCAGAGCAGCAUGGAAGGGGAUGUGUACGCUUUCUAGUUAGAGAAUAUGAAGGGCAUCAGUCAUAAAUUCUGUAUCCAUCCAUCAGAGAAAUGGAUUUUACUCUCUGUUCUUGCAAUUGCUUUGGGUUGGCUUAGGCUUGUUUUUACACCAUAUAUUAAUUUCAUGUUUUAAUGCUUUCUUUAACCACCAGCUUUUAACUGCAUCUGCAGGGUCAGUGAUGGAAGUCGGUCGGUUUUACAGCAGUGCCUGUGGAGUGUGCCAGCCGUGUCUGUGUGCUCAGAUGGCCGCGUGUGUGUGAAUUCUGCCUGUGUUCUGCAAACAUGUCUGUGUUGUUUCUGGAGAACGAGUCCUGUCCGAGUCGAAUCAUUACAUGUAAAUAAUAAUAAAAUCUUGCAUUCGUGUGGUCAGCCACAGGUAUCCAGCUGAGCAUGACCGAGCAAAAGGGUUAAAUUUGGGCUGAUGCUCUUAGGUGUCUCCUUCUCUACAGUCAGCUGGCUCCCAGGAGAGAGAGCUUGUCAUUGCAGGUCAUGGCUGCCAGGAAUCCUACCUGUAAAAAUAGAUUUUCUGUCUCAAGGGCCUUAAUAAGAGUGUUGUUACACAGAACUGUUUUGCAACGAUAGCUCUAAAUAAUUUAUUUUUUAUUUUGACGAAGUACACCUUAAGAAGUAAUAAACUUGUUUUUUCAAGCCGUAUUUUUAUGCUAGUAGCACUGGACUGUUUGGUCUCUGAGAUCCAUUUCUGCAUUUCAUUGCCUGGGUUUGUUCUAAAGAAGAUUUAUUUUUGUUCUGUGAAUAAUUUUUGAAGGUUCUUGUAAUAUGUACAGAUAUAGAUACAUUUGAGGUCUUUUAUUGAUAUUCCUACAAAGAAUACAAAUAAACUUUAACUUUAAACA